GGUCUCACAUUACUAUCACUGUCGUGGUUUGGCUGGAAUCAUAUGGUGCAUUAUUUUACCAGAAAUCGGUUUACUGAAAGAAUAAAAAGACCCACAAGAUAAUGAGAGCAUUAAUCUUCCUCAUAUUUCUUCUACACAUUCAAGGCGAGUUGUUGCAAUGUGAAGAUGGCUACGAUGGAUGUCACCACUGCAAGGAUCGGAUAGCACAUGAUGGCGUGUUGUUGAAAUGUGAAGAUGGCUACGAUGGAUGUCUCAACUGCAAGGAUCGCAUAUCAGAAAAUGGAGUACUAAAAAAAUCAAAUGUCAGGAUAGUUCAAAUAUUCGGUGAAAGCGAUGAAAAAGAUGAAAGUUGGACUGAAAGCAAGAGCCAAAGCGACAGUCAAAGCACCCAAAGUGUUCUCAUGCAAAUGGUACAUAUGGAUAACUACUAUAAGGCAUCUACAGCAGUAGAAACAGGAGCAACGGGUAACAAUCCACAUAAUAGUGAACCACAAAACCCUCACACCUCUCAGACCACUGGCUGCAACUGGUGCAUGAGGCAAAGUUGUAAUCCUGGAGCAUGCAGAGCAGCAAAGACCUUCAACCCAACGAAAGACGCUGAACGUAUCAGAAACGCCGUGGAGGGACUGGGAACUACGGAAUCAGAGUUGAUAGACAUCCUGAUCCAUAGAUCAGAGGACCAGUUGGAGGAGAUAAGAAAAGCAUACCAAAAACUUGGCCGUGUAAUGGACAAGGACAUUGAUGAUGAUACUGAAUGGAAAAUCAAGGAUCUUUUUCAAGCUUUACUCAAGAGACGUCCAGAAUUCUACGCAGACGAGCUGAAAGAAGCGUUUAAAAAUAAGAAGUCAAGUGCUAUUCUGAUGAUUCUUACCUCAUUGCCACCUUGUGCCAUUCUAGAAAUCGGAUCAGCGUAUAAUAAGAGACAUCAUACUGACAUUUUCAAUGCUGCCCAAAACGCAGCAAAGUUUGAUUACAAAAAGUUCAUUAUUGAACUUAUCAGAGCGGACCGAGACCCUGAAGGUCCGGUAGAUAGGGAACAAGCAAAGAAAGACGCUGAGCUACUACAGAGAAGUGAAUCCGAACAUAGGAUGAUUGCAGACGGACAUGCCUUUAUUAAAGUUUUUACGAAGAGAUCUUAUGCUCACAUUAGACAGGUCAAAUCGGAGUAUGAAGAUAUGGGCUUUGGUAAUUUUAAUGAUAAUAUGGCUCAGAAAUCAGGAAAUCCCAUGGUCAAACAGGGCUUGACAAUAAUACUGAAUAACAUCGAGGACCAGACAAAAUAUUUCGCAGACAUGAUACAAGACGCUAUUGAUUCACCGAUACCCUUUAUAAUCAAGGACAUCAAAAUGCUGGUUCUAAUAUUGAGGGGAAGAUGUGGCCUGGACUUAGGAGAUAUUCUGAAGACUUACGCGUCCUACCACGAGAAAAGUAUUAUAGAAAAACUCGAGCAAAGAUCCUGGGGAGACUACGAGGAUGCCCUUGUGGAGAUGUGUCAAGAGCAAAAAGUGUAAAAGUGAUAUAUUAGCUGAAUAAAGUAUUUGGAACGUAUA